AUGAAGAUGGAAGAUCAGUCAACGAGUCCCAGAGAUGAGGAUGUCCUCAGUCAGACACAAGAUCCUCUGGAAAGACGGCGAUUGCAGAAUCGUCUUUCUCAGCGAAACCAUCGCCGCAAGAUCAGAGAGCGGAUUGCAAAACUUCAAGAACGUGUCAUAGCCAACGAACUGAGAGCUGCUGCUGCCCUUAACGGAUGGGAUCAAACAUAUAACCCUUCGCUGUUUCCCAGGGCUCACUCAGUACCGCAACAUGAUCACGGCUUUGCCUUGCGAGAUGUCCCCCCUUCAAUUCCAGAUCAAUGCACUCCAUUCAUGCCAUUAUAUCCUUCAUUUGCAUCACAUUCAUGGUCUAACGACUUGAAUACGUUCCCACAACACAGUGGAUGUCCUGGAGACUUACCACAGUUCACUGAGGCCAGUGAAGCGAGUCCGAUAUCUCCCAUACCAACUAUCUCUUCACAAUCCACCAACGGUAUAUCAUCAGCUACUGGUGUUGGCAGCGAGUCAUACCGGGAACUGGCAGGUACCUCGGAGCCCUUGAUACCAGACUCCUUGUCGACCUCAGCGCCCAACCAGCCCCUGUACUACGUUGCAACCGGUAUCUACCCAAACAAUCAACAUCGAAAUUACCAUCUGAACCAACUGACAGAAAAGCAGAAGCUGCAUUACCACAAAUCAUCCAAGUCAUCAACACUAUGUCGCCCCAAUACAAAGUGA